AAGUGGAAAGUUAUAUUUCCACUAUGGUCAUGUCAGAGACUCGAUGCCCAAAAAUGGCACCUUAGUGUCCAGAAACUCUACGGAAGUUGUUGAUAUUAUUUGUGUCCCUGUCGCUCAGAAAUUGGAGCUUCUGCGAGCGAAACUGGACCCGUGGUGUGAAAUACAAGGGUUAUGGAAUGAUACGUUUGAUGCACGUCGAAAUGAUUUGAUUAAAAACAAACUUUCGAUUGCAAACUACCUACAAAAAUUUGCAUGUCUCAAUGUGGAUAAAGUUUGAAGCUGAUUUUGUACGAUUGUAUCCAAACGCUGGGUCCAAGUUGAAAAGUCAUUGGCUUAAAACAACAGAUCAUUUGUUGAUUCGAUUAAACGCUGCUGGAAUUGCUCAUGCAAGUGAUCAUCUUUUACUUGAGAAGAAUCUUUUACUUACCACCAAAAUGUCACAUUGCAAUCUUUUUCCAUUUGCUGCCUUAUUUAAUUCCAAGUGAUAGGCAUACUAGUGGAGGACGAAAAAGAAAGUUUCAAAAUUCUCUUACUAGUGAACAAAAUUCAAAAAUAGCUCAGGUUACAUCUGUCGCUCAACCUCCAAGACGUCUCUCAAUUCAAGAAAGCAGAACCUCUUUCUUCGUCCAUCUUCAGAGUGCAGUGGAUUUGGAGGCGAUAUUGGCAGCAGGAAAAAGCCAUACAGCUCAACAUUGUCUCCAACACCAGCCAAUACCCAUUCUCAUUGGUCCAUUAACAAAUGUGGAAGCUUCGUAUGUAAUUCUAGAAGAUGUUCUGUACGAAGUGCCAUCAGUCAUAGCAGCAUGUGAUGUAACAUUGAAAAUAUGCUAUGCAGCACUCUGUGAAUAUCCGCCAAAUUCCCGAUCAUUGUGGCUUUUCUUGCAACAGGCAUACUUUGAUAUUUUUGAGAAGAAAGACAAACCAGCUACAGUACUAAAUGCAUUAAUUGGUGAGAUUCGAUCCAUAAUCAAAGAAAAUUGUCACGGAGGCGCUUCGUAAGAGCCUUCUGUUUAUUCAUGUUAGUUUAAAUAGUUCUUCCAGUGAUUUUCUA